UAAUGUUCUCCAAAGGUUACAAAUUAUUUUCUAGUCAUACUAUUUUUGGUAUGAACCAACUAUAUUAUGACAAAAAACUUAAAAUUAUGAAAAAUUCUAAAAUCAGAAUAAUGUACAGUUUUCUGUUGGUUGCUAUUCAAAGUUUUGCAACCAUCCAAGAAACAACAUCAGCAGACAAUAUAAAGUCAGAAAAAAGUAUAAUUUUAUAUAGAAUUGACAACAUCUGUGUUGGAUUAACUUGUGUCACUGGAAUAUUAUUAAGCUGUUAUUUCGGUGAAAAGAUAAUGAAAAUAUUAAGAAAAAUGAAUAAGAUAAAAUUAAUGUUAAUUAAAAAUAAAGAUGAAGAUUACUUUUACAUAUUACUAAAAUUAUUUUUGGUAGGGCAAUUUGUUGUUAUUAUUUAUGAUCAAUAUGUGUGGUAUUGCGUAAAUCGUGAGAUAGAAUUCAGUUCUAUAACAUUCAGUUUCUGCUAUUUAAUAAUUGCAAUGAUGCACAUAAAAUUUACUGACAUAGUGAUGAACAUUGCAACUCACUUUAAAUCUUUGAAUGAUGUUUUACUCAGAAAUCUUGAAAAUUUAUUUGGAGGAAAAAGCAAAUUAAAUAACACUUUAAAUCCAAGAAAAGGAGAUGUGGUCCAGUUAUUAAAUUUAUCAAAAUUAAUUGAAAACUAUCAAACAUUAUGCAAUGUAAUUGAGGAAAUCAACCAGCGAAAUAGCUCACAAAACUUAAUUCUUGUGAUCUAUUGCUUUGAACAAUUGAUAUGUGGACCUUACUACGGGUUUAUGAACAGUCUAAUGUUUGAAAAGUCAAAUUUAGGGUAUCACUUUGUCGUUUCAAACUGCUUGUGGACAUUACAUGAAAUCUGCCGGUUAUUGAUAUUUUUGUGGCCUUGUUCCUAUUUGGAAAAACAGGCUUUAGCAACGAGAAAACUGCUAAGCGAAUAUUUAGAUCCCAGCAAGCACAACUAUUGCGGAGAACUUGAAAUUCACAUAUUAAAAGUAACUCAUAGUUUUAAACCUCUAAAUGUCUUACAAUUAUUCCCUCUAAAUUUAUCUCUUGCUGUUCAGGUUUUUGGAGCAGCAACAACUUAUCUUGUGAUUUUUAUUCAGAUCUAA